AUGGAAACCUCAACCAAAGCGACCGCUUUGGAGACGCUGGACAUGGGGAUAGAUUACAGGAAUUCAGAGGCCUCCCAAAAAGGUGCGACUGCACUGGACGACGACGAAAUGCAUCGCAUGGGAAAGAUUCAAGAGUUCAAGAGAAACAUGCGACCUCUUGCGGCAUUGAGCUUCGCAUCAGUCUUGCAAGCUACUUGGGAAUAUUUGAUCAUCUCGAACUACCAGGGAUUGGAGAAUGGAGGCCUGGCAGGCAUGUUCUGGUCAUACAUUUGGACCUUUAUCGGAUUCGGAUUCAUCAUUGCGUCUUUGUCAGAAAUGGCUUCAAUGGCACCUACCGAUGGAGGCCAAUACCAUUGGGUAUCGGAAUUUUCCUCGCCUCGUCACCAGAAGUUCCUCAGCUACAUCACUGGCUGGAUGUCUGUACUGGCAUGGCAAGCCGGAACAGCUUCUGGAUCAUUCCUUACCGGCACCAUCAUCCAAGGAUUGAUCAGUGUUCGUAACCCGGAUUACGAUCCUCAAGGCUGGCAAGGCACUCUACUUGUGUUCGCAAUGGUUCUGGUGACGUAUAUUUUCAAUGUCUAUGCGUCAGACCUGAUGCCAAUUAUGAGUAAUCUUUUGAUGAUUCUUCAUGUCCUUUGCUGGGCAGUGAUUUUGAUCGUCCUGUGGGCUAUGUCGCCUCACCGAACCGCCGAGGCCGUUUUUGUCUCGGAUUGGGAAAAUCUAGGAGGUCUACCUACAAUGGGACUGAGUGUGAUGGUUGGACAAAUUUCAGCUAUCUAUGGAUGUCUUAGCUCCGAUGCUUGUGCGCAUAUGUCGGAAGAAAUUAAAGACGCGGGCCGGAACGUACCACGGGCUAUGGCCUGGGGAUAUUUCAUAAAUGGAAUCAUGGCUGCCAUCUUGCUGAUUGCCUACCUCUUCGCCACCCCUUCUGUCGAAGAUUCCAUUAACGACGUUACAGGCUUCCCAUUCCUCUACGUGUUCAAGCAAGCUACCAACACCGCAGGAGUUAACGGAUUAACAGCUAUCAUCUUGAUACCUGUCAUUUUCAGCAACAUAAUGUUCAACGCCUCCACCUCCCGCCAGACAUGGGCUUUUGCUCGUGACAAUGGUCUUCCUUGCUCUCGAUGGAUCGCCAAAAUCGACCCCAAGCGGAAAAUUCCCGUUAAUGCUAUCGCCCUCUCUUGCAUCAUCAGCUGCCUGCUUUCUCUGAUCAACAUCGGCUCUGACACUGCAUUCAACGCCAUCAUCUCUGUUAACACCGCGGCUUUGAUGUACACUUACGUGAUGUCAAUCACAUGUGUGAUCUGGCGAAAGAUUUGGCAUCCCGAUACCCUACCUGCUCGUCGGUGGGAUAUGGGGCGGAAUUUGGGGUUGGCUGUGAACAUCAUUGGCCUCUGUUACUCCAUUUUCGCGAUGUUUUGGUCAUUCUGGCCAGGCGAGCUACCGGUCACUGCUGAAAACUUCAACUGGAGUGUCGUGAUCUUUGGCUCGGUUUUCAUACUUAGCCUCUUCAUGUAUUUCAUUAAGGGAAGAAAAGACUAUUUUGGGCCAGCUUUGGAUGUCAAGCACGAGGACUAG